AAAAUCUCAAAGUGGAAAUGAGAUUUAAAAAUAAAAACUGAUGUUCCUGAGGGGAUUUGUUUCUCUUGAUAUGCCUCCUCAGCUCCAGAGAAGCCUUUGAAAAGGGAGACUGUGUUGAAUGAAGGAAAAGAGGAAGGAGAUAGAGAGAGACUGGCUGGGGUGAAAAAACAACAGGAAACCGAACCGAUUCUAAUGCUGUUUCUGCAAAUCCUUCACAGAUAAAGAGCGGACUGCACGUCCCGGCCGAGCAACGCUCAACACCAUGACUUUUUCUUUGACCAUCACCUCAAGUUAUGACAAUCUAAACGGACUCUAAAGUUCAAAUGGUGACGUCACUUCUGCUCUCAGCCUCCAACAGUGUGGUUAGUCAGAAUGUGAGCGGAAUGCAGAGUUUUCGGAGCUGAUUGCUGGGAUUUCUAUGUGGCUGCUUUUUUUUGACCUAAACCUCUCUCGGGGUCAUAUGGAUCGAUCGCCGCACUUCCAAGGAUCUGUUUGUUUUAAUCAUUGGGACUACUAACUGGAGACACAUGAAGAAUAAAGGGACUAAGCAGAAGUCUAAAAAGAAAGGAAGUGAAGAUGCGUUCGGCUGUGACCUGAUAGAACGUCUCCAGAAUUCAGGACCAGAUGUUCCUCAGGUUCUGAAGAAAUGUGCAGAGUUUAUUGAGGAGCAUGGGAUUGUGGAUGGGAUCUACAGACUGUCGGGGAUCACCUCAAAUAUCCAGCGUCUCAGGCAGGAAUUCUGCUCCGAGGCGUGCCCUGACCUUACAAAGGAAGUGUACCUCCAGGACAUCCACUGUGUGGGUUCCUUAUGUAAGCUGUUCUUCAGGGAGCUACCCAAUCCUCUGCUCACAUACGAGCUAUACAGCAAAUUCACUGAACGUGGUCUUGAUCCAGGGGAUCAUGAGAGGCUUUUACACAUUCAGGGUGUCAUCAAAGAACUGCCGACUCCUCACUUCAGGACUCUGGAGUAUCUUACUAAGCACCUGGCCCACCUUGCCACCUUAAGCACCCAGACAAACAUGCAUACACGUAACCUGGCCCUGGUUUGGGCUCCAAAUCUAUUACGAUCUAAAGACAUUGAGGGGUCAUGUAGUAAUGGAGAAAUGGCUUUCCAGGAGGUGCGGAUACAACAGUCAGUGGUUGAGUUUAUUCUGAACCAUACAGAUGAGAUCUUCAGUGACUCUGUGCAAAUCAAAACCAAAGAAGGACCAAGUUUGAUGUGUGGGGAGAAGAAGUAUGCCACGCUCCCGAUCAGUGGCCAGUGUGGGCCGAUGAAACUGAUGAGCCUGGAAGAAGCCCAGGCCCGUUCCUUAAGUCCAAACCAUCCUGUGCAUAAAGAACGUCAGCGAGAGAACAGUCUGCCUGAUACCAGUACUGCCACGCUCUACCACACCGUCAUAGACAUAGACAGCAAGAGAAAGUUUUCUGGGAAAUCAAAGAAGUGGAAGUCCAUCUUCAACCUGGGACGGUCUGUGGACUCGAAGGGAAAACUGAGCCGGAACGGCAGCGUGUUCAUUAGAAACACAAUUACUAAAAAGGCAUCUCUUCGUCCAUCCAGGAGCAUGGAGUCCUUGUGCUCCUUACCAACAGAUGAUGAUAGAACAGGAAACAACGGUCCAGCCAGUGGAUCCGGCAGCAUUUUUGUUCCAGAUGUGAAAUCCAGAACGCUGGGAUCUGACUCGCUCUACGACCUGAGUGAACACGACCAAAACUGGGAGUUUAAAGGGAUAAAAGCUGACGGGGCAACAGGUGGCUGGAGCGCUAGCAUGGACCAGAAGGGGUCACCAGGUGCCUCCGCACCCCCUCAAAAAACACUGCCAGAGCAACUGAAGGUGUUCAAAGGUGACAACCUCGGCGGCUACAAGCCCACCUCUCCGAAAAACAGGAGGAUGUUGUACUCGGGUUCCUCCCACAACAGCUCAUCACGGCCCUCCUUCCCAGGAAGCUUCUUCCCGCUUGAGAUCUCGCCGAGGCAUCAGCGCAGAGCCGUUAACAUAUCUGAGCCUUUUGCUGUGUCCGUGCCCCUGCGCGUGUCAGCCGUUAUCAGCUCCAACAGCACGCCGUGCAGGGGGCACGCCAAGGACAAAGCAGCUACUCUGAAACCCUGCAAGGAGAGCUCAGAGCCGAGCAGCAACAGUGGAAAGAGCAACACUUUCCCCCAACUGGAACCCAAGAAGCAGGAAGCAGCGGAGAAGAAAAACACAGAGGAGCCGACCUCCAGAGUUCCGCCAGAGGAUGCAGGCAAAGAAAUGCUGCAAGAAGGUCAAGGAGGGGUGAAUACUUCUGAAGUGGAACCAGCGUCCCGUGCAAAUGCGAGAGAAUGCAAAGUUGCAGCGCCAUCUCCUGGGAAAGAAGUGCACAACCAGCAGAUAGCUAUGCAACUGGACAAGGGAUCUUCUACUGGGAAAGAGCUGUGGUCUGACCUCCACCAGGAACUGAAGAUAACUGAACCUGAAAUCGACCUGCUUGAUGAGACUUUUAAACCCGUCUUCGGCUCCAAUAGCACCUGUGAGGGCACGAGGUUAACGAUGGACGUUAAGUCAAAACGAAGCCGCAGCUCCCCGUCUCUGUCGUUGUUAUUUAGGGAACAGUCUUCGAAUACCUCUCUAAGUGAUCGUGUAAUCGCCACUGGAUCAGACUCUGCAAAGAAACAGCCCUCAGAGUCAGACAUCUUAUUUUCUCUUCACAAAAGCACAGAAAGCGCCGGCCCUGCUGACAUGGGUAGAAAAAGAGAGAAGCUGCAUCUAAACAUCACACCCUUAAACAACGAUGACACCAAACUGUGCCAACCUCCUUUAAAGGAAACCUGUUUAGAUGAAGUUAUGAAUCCUUUGACGAUAGAGGAUACUCCAACGGUUGUAGGCUUCUCGGUAGCAGAUGAUACCAACAAACAAUCAGAGAAACGUGAAACUCCUCAUGGAGACAAAAAUGUCUCCUGUGAUGGAGCAAAGAAGAACGUGAUUCCUGAAUUGGAGGUUAUUCAGAGGCUGUCGGUGUGUUUGGAGGAGAGACGUAACACCUUGGUGCUGCCAAACCUCGACAACGACGAAGGGAAUGGAGGAAACUUGGAGGAGCUGGACUUGGUGGAGCCCUGGGAGGAUUUCAGCUCCAACAAGCAGUGGGUUACCAGUCCUCUCCACUCACCUGACAUAGAGGAAUUGUUUAACCAGCUAUCGCCCUUUGGCUCUUGUGGUGAAACUCAGAUUUCACCUCCUUCAGUUGAUAAUAACAAACAGUCUCUCGUUAAGAGCACUGAACAUUUCUCAGGAAACAUUCCUCAAAGUAGCAAACCAGAAGCUAAAUGGACGUAUUUGCCGUCAGGGGUCAGUGUGAAUAACACAACACAACCUCACGCAGGAAAAUGCAGCUCAACAAAGCAGAAGAAUACAGCAUCAUCUCAGAGGUUUUACAGACAGAUGUCUUAUGAGGCGGAGAAAAGAGAGGAAAAUUGCUUUUCUAAACACAGACCGUAUUCACUUAAUUUAGACCUGGGGCAGCGAUGCAUCAGAGACAUUUCUAAUCAGCAAAACCGCAAUUCAUCAGAGAGAGGACUACUGACCUCCUCUGAAUCUGUGAACACCAGGCUGCCCUCAGAAUUGGAGUUGUUUCUGAGCGAUCGGCAGGCGCCGCUACGCCGAAAUUCAGCCCCAGUCAGCGUGUCAUCGGUGCGAACAGCCUUCAUGAUAAAAACAUGCCAGGCCAAGGCUGUGCCCGUCGUCCCUCCCAAGGUGCAGUACAGUCAGAUACCUCCCUCCAGACAUGAGAAGGACUUUGACGCAGCAAAGGAACAAGACAAGGAGCACCCUAAGGUGAGUGCAGAGAAAAGCAAUGCUGCACCUACUCCGAUGAUGUCUGAUCUAAAGGAGGAGCUGGAGAAUAAACAGCCCGCACCCAAACACCAAAAACAAGUCGCAGAGUCCGUGAAGACCACAUCUACUCCAGAGCUGCCGGUCAUCACAAGGAGACACGCGCCCAGUCUGGAAGUGUUUGUAGAUUGUCCCAGGCCUAACAGAGGGAACCUCCACCAAAGGCCGUCCUUUAGGAACAGACAGAGACCUCAAAGUCUCAUCCUGCUCAGCCCUCCUUUCCCCAUCAUGGACUACCCACCGUUAGGAGAUGACGGCAAGCUCCUCUCGUCCAUCAAGAGCCUGAAUGACACGUCAGCAGUGAAUGUCUUUUCCAAAGAGAUGGCGGACAAUUUCCGGACGCCGGAGGGGAUCGCCCUUCAAAACAAAAUGACUAUUCCAAAAAGUGGACAGAGACUGGAGACGUCGACCAGCUGCUUCUACCAGCCACAGAGGAGGUCGAUGAUAUUUGACAGCAGGAGCCAGAGACAGAUCGAUGACUUGAGGUGCAGUCACCAACUACAAGACUGGCUGUGUGUAAAUAGAUACAGUAUACAAGGAAACUGAAGGAGGAUGAUAUGAUAACCUAAUGUAAAGCACAGCAUUUUGUUUGCCAUGAUUCAAGCAUUUGUUGAGGGAUGAAGGCUUUGUUAAAUUUAGAUUCUGUAGUAUUUGAGUUAAGGAAGACAUGAUGUAUGUGGAAGCCAUUGAAGCUUAAUUGAGAUCUAGGGCUGCAACUAAUUAACUGUUUUUGAUUAUCCAAUAAUCUGUUGAUUAUUUUCUUAAAUAGUUGAUUUUAGUUUAGUCUAUAAAAUAUCAGAAAUAGUAAGUAGAAGAAAAUUCAAUUUCCAGUCCCCAAGCUGAAGUUUCAAUUGGCUGGUUUUGUCAAAACAACAAUCGAAAACCCCUAAAAUAUUCAGUUUAUUAUCAUACGGACUUUAAAAACAUGUAAAAAGGAAGUUCAACAAGAAAAAUCUUAACUCAAGGUCUUCUUACUUGAUUUUUCAAGAGGUUUCAACCACAUCUAAAAGUCGUUCUCAGAAGAUGGAGUAGAUUCAGUUAUCAUGGAGAUAGCUCACUAUGCAAGCUCCAUCCACUGAGGAAGACCGUGAGAUGUUGUUGAAAUCUCCUCAAAAAGCUAGUAAGCGGACCUUAAAUUAAGUCUUUUUUGUCUAUUUCAUAAAGAUUAAUUGUUAAUAUGUUUCUUUCAAAAAUAACUUUCUUCCAUGUUUCAUUGGAGCAAAAAGGUCACCAGGUUUCUAGUGACAUCACCGGAAAUUUGGAGAAAAACCUGCUUGUGUCAAGUCAGGGGCUUCAUAUUUUUUUUUUAUGUCUCUACAAUAUUUCAGUAUUACUGGAUUCUACUAGGGCACCCUCAGUUUUAGAAGAAUCAGAAUAAAGUCAUGUCAAGUCAUGUUAAGUCAUGUGUGUUAUGACAUAUAUUUGGAUUAUUUGAAUUUAAUGACCUGUCAACAGCCAGAGUUCAUUCUGAGUCAGAUUACGAAUUCUUCACAUAAAUAUUCAUGUCUGAACUGAAUUUAUCCUCAAACAUUAAGGGCUCUGGAUACAGGAAGUGUGCAGGAAAGUUAACAAAAACUGAAGGACAAUGAAACUGUUAAACAGUUAAACAGCAAUGACCUUGAUCAUGUAGAUGAAGAUAUGUUUAUUUAUUCCUUUAUUAACAUACACAUGACAUGAAGUGAAUUUGAUACGUAUAUACUGUAUGUAGUUAUUGGCUCCGUGAUAAGCUGAUGUCAAUGUGAUUUUUUUUAAACUAAUAUUUAAAAGGAUUUUCUUUUUUUUCUGAUUUUAAAUAUAUCGCAAACUUAUCUGAUAGUAUUUACCCACAGAAGAACUUUAAUUAAUGUGUCUUUAUUUUCUGUAAUUGCUUUGUAUUUUAUGGCCAUCUUUAUUCGUUGUUUGGUUUUUGACAAUAAUGAGAAACAGCUUUGUAGAAAAGUGUAAAGAGUGAUAGAGCUGCUCUGCUGACGGUAAACUGGGGGUCGACUUUGUGCACGCUGACUGUAUUUCAUGUGUCUGAGUCAAAGUCAGAUGAUGGCAUCUCCAGGUUUUUGUCUCUUAUCUUUGCAUUUAACAAACACGGGAUCUGAUGUAUUUUGCUUUAGCGCCAAUGAACAUAACAUAGUUUUGAUGUUAAAGGAGGCUACAGUGUGUUUUCUAAAGAUGCGGACGUGUUUUUUAUACUGUAGUUUGGAUGGACUGGAUGAAUGAUUACAGUGUUUUAUCAGAAAAAAUGUUUGAGAAAUGAGAUAUAAGUGUUUUUUUUAAAUCUGUUUUGUAACUUUUGUAUACUUGUUGAUACUGAAAAUGACUGACUGAAGCGUCUGUAUUCAUAGGAAAAACAACUGAACGAGUAUUUUGAGAUGAGAGUUUUGCCUGAAUUAUCUGAUGGUGACACCUGAAGUAUAAUGUACAUAAAACACUUGAUGAGUUUUGUUACAACCGAAAGUUAUGAGAAUAAAAGUUCUAAAAAUUACGAGUCAGUAGUUCUGCUAACAUGCAUCUCUCAUUAAAACAUAGAGUAAAUGUAUUUAUUUUAUAUUUAUAUAUAUAUACACCUAUUUUUUCCCUACUUGUGUCUAUUAUUACCUUUAUUUGUCCAGCUUUGUUGUCCUUGUUCCUAGCUGUUAUUUCCAUUUCCGUGUAAGUACACCUAGAGAGAUGCAACAAAAUUGAGUCAAAUUCCUUGUACUGUAUGUGAACACAUACUUGGCCAAUAAAGGUGAUUCAGUGUCAA